AUGGGUCGCUCUAUCCUACUCAUCAACGGGCCAAAUCUGAACCUACUUGGAACACGCGAGCCACACAUCUACGGCCACGCUACACUUGAGGACAUUUCUGCCGCUGCAACCACCCAGGCCAAGUCCCUGGGAGCAACCUUAGUCGCUUUUCAAUCAAAUCAUGAAGGUGCCAUCGUUGAUCGCAUUCACGAGGCUCGUGGGAAUGUCGAUGCUAUCGUGAUCAACCCUGGCGCCUAUACCCAUACCAGCGUCGCAAUUCGCGAUGCCCUCCUGGGUGUCGAUAUUCCCUUCAUCGAGCUUCAUAUAUCGAACCCUCACACAAGAGAGUCGUUUCGCCAUGUGAGCUACCUUUCUGACAAGGCUGCGUCCGUAAUCUGCGGCAUGGGCGCCCAUGGAUACACUGCGGCGGUGGAAUUCGCCGCGAACCACUUGAAAAUAAAGGAUACGAAGACGGUUUUGAAGGUGAAUGGUGAAAGUUAG